UGUGGCCACACUAUUGCUAUGGGACAGAUUUCAUAAUUCUCAAUUCGGCGAGGAAAGCACAGAAAAAAUCCCGUUUAGCAGAGUUUAUAAUGUCGGCGUCGGAGCAGGGACCUAAGAUCAAGUACGGGGAAAGCGCUCCGAAGUUGGACAAGGCGCAAUUGCAGUUCAUGAAGCUGAUCGAGGAGCAGAACCUGGACCGCGUGCAAAAGCUGAAGCGCAUCCGCCGCAACAAUCUUCUGACCGCCGGCGCUUUGGGUGUCUCCGUUUUGGCCAUCUACGGCUACUCCAUCUUGUCGGUGCAGCAGGAGAAGUUCUUGGACGACUUUGAGGAGCCCAAGAAGGUGUCCUCCUAGCUUCUGUCCGCGUUAGUUAUCCCUAGUUCGUAAGCGUUUUCUUCAUUUUACAACAGUUUUACACUUUCUGAAGUCGUUGCACAACAGGAUGGCCCAAGCUAGUGCCCGUGUGCUCCAGAGCGGCAUGCGCCUGCCUCCAAUGCCCACAAUUCGGGAGCUGGUAAAGCUCUACAGACUACAGGCCAGAAAACAGCUAAGCCAGAACUUUCUCAUGGACGAGCGGCUAACGGACAAGAUAGUUAAGUCGGCGGGACGCAUCGAUUCAAGAGAUUUAGUUCUAGAGGUGGGUCCCGGGCCGGGCGGUAUCACACGCUCUAUUCUGCGGCGUCACCCACAGCGACUGCUGCUUGUGGAGAAGGACCCGCGCUUCGGCGAAACACUGCAGUUGCUCAAGGAGUGCGCCAGUCCACUAAACAUCCAGUUCGAUAUCCACUAUGAUGACAUCCUGCGCUUCAACAUGGAGCAGCACAUUCCGGACA